UGUUUUCCCUCCUUGUAAAUCUCACAUUUGAUGAUGGACCACAGGUUCUCAAUGGGGUUCAGAUCAGGUGAACAAGGAGGCCAUGUCAUUAGAUUUUCUUCUUUUAUACCAGUAGAUAGAGGGUAUAUGGUUCGUCAAAGUGACAGGUACCACGCCCCUUUUACACGCCCCCUUUUUAUAUAGCUUGAUAUCAAUUUUAUAUAAAAUUUAUAGUGUUUGAUAUAAAAAGUCUAUAGUUUGAUAUCAAGUUUAUAUCUCUUGAAACUGCUGAGAACAAAUGUUUGCAAACACAUUGCUCAAUUCAAGACUGUCCCUUAUUUCUCUUCAAACUGCUGAUCACAAAUGUUUGCAAAACACAUUGUUCAAUUCAAGAUUGCCCCAGACCCUGUCAUCGACACGCCAGCUUGCAAAGCACAUUUUCAAUCGAUACGGGCCUAAAUGGCUUAUCUACAAACACAUUGCUUAAUUCAAGAUUGCCCCAGACCCUGUCAUCGUGUUGCUCUACAAGGCCAUAGCCCCCUGUCAGGGACAUCAAAAACACAUUAUAUCAUUUUAUACAGUUUAUAAGUUUCAUUUUAAAUAAAAGCAAAAGACACUCAUAAGUCCUUUUAUAGCACCCGAUAAGCUAUUGAUAUAAAAUUAAGAUUAAUGCAUAAAAAGGCCUAUAAUAAACAUAUAAAUUCUUAUAAAACAUAAUUUAACUACUAUAAUUUAAUUAGGUAUUAUAAAUAAUAUUUUUUGUAAUUUUAUAACAUUGCUAUAAAGGCUAAACACAUUGAUAUCUCUUUAUAUCAUUUUAUACAGCUUGAUCUUUUUUUUUUUUUUUUUUUUUUUGCAACUAUGCAAUAUGCUAAUCGCUACCACCUGACAUGUGUUACAACACGGACCGCCUAUAUAAACAGGGUCCAGUCUCUGCAUGGCUAUCACAGAGAGACUUGGGCACAUAGACGCAGAGACCAACAAGUCAUAAUACAUUUAAAGAUGGAUUCGUACCAAGAUUUAUGGGGGGAUGACAACAUGCCCGAUGCGCAGCUGCUUAUGGCGGUCGAUGAUUACUAUGCGUCGUACAUUAGCGGUGGUGGUGCGCAAUUGUUUUCAGACGAUUCGCCCAGUAUGGGGCUAGUUCAUACGUAUAUUUCAAGCGAACCCGAUUACAAUCCGACAUCACCUUGCCUACCCGACACGCAAAUCCGCGACAUUUUAGGAAUCGCGACCAGAGACGUUGAUACUGAAAAUACAGUACAUUCAAACAUUGAAGUUACUAGCAACAACAAUUCUGCCGAGCUAAAGGAGAACGAUCCGUCGCGAGUUAUCGAUCUCACAACCCCAGGGCGCCCUGAAAUGAAACAAACGACCAGGCUAGCCAGAACCCCGCUGGAAAGAAAAGUCUAUACAAUUGAUGACAUCGCGACACUAUCCGAGGAGGCCCUACAAAAGCAGCGCAAGCGGGGCAAACAGCCGUUGAAAAGAAAAAUGGCCACGACCGGCGGCUCCAAAACGGAAUCAAAGAAAGCUAACACAAAGGUUUUUCAGCUGCCGGGUAGCAGCGCACGUACCAACAGAACUGUUUCAUUCCCCGAACCACCAGAGGCGAUCACUAACGCCCGCGACAGUUGGCUGGCGGAAAAUACCGCAAUGCCGGUUAUCCGCUGUCCUGAUGCCCCCAAAAGAAAACAAAACAACAAAGCCCGAAUCGCUAAAGAGAGACAACGCUCGACCACUAAACAGCAUCAGGAGCAGUUUUCACCGAUAGCGGGAGUUCUAACAACGCCGCUGCCGGGUCUGCAGAGUGGUGAGCCAACUAGCGUAAUAAAUGAUAUUACAGCUUUAUGCGACAUAACACCAGCACCCAAUACACAGGAUGUAGUACCUUGUAAAAAGCGCAUCACAUUUGACACGCCAGACACAUGCAGCAACGUACAACAGAUAAGCGAACCCCAACAGCGAGACGCGCCUCUUGUCCAUUCCUGUUAUUGUCGGGGUGGAAAGACGUUGAGGGAUAUCGCGAAAUGUAAUGACAAAAUGGCACGCGUGGCGUUGCAUUUAAAAUGUUACGUUAAAGACUCUACGUCUCUAGCGUUUAACAGUCCCAACAAAAAUACUGAGGGACAAAUACACGCUACGCGUGACAAAUGCAUACGACUGAUUACGCAUCUUGACGCUCUUGAAAAAGAGCUGCUACGCCGAGAUUGACUAGUGAUGACUGGUGGAGG